UGCUAUCGGCAAAUUCGAUAUUUUCUCGUUUUCUCGGGAAGCAGACAGAAUUCUGGGGGUUUCUCCUUUAGGGUUUAGCCGAUUAACCCUUUUAGGGUUUGUUAGCAUCAAACUCAAGUAGGUAUAUCGAAAAUCGGCGAUCUCUCUGUUUCGUUUCGGUGUGUGUUUUUUUCUUUUUCUUUUUAUUCCUUUCGAUUUUCUUUCGUUUUUCGCGGGACACAAUCAAAAGUUAGGAAUUCCUUCUUUAGAUCAGUUAGCAUCAAACGCAACUUGGUAUCGAGAAAGCACAUCGAUCUCUCUCUCUGGCGUUUUGAUUUUCUGUCGUUUUCUCGGCUUGUUCUUUAUGGUUUUGCAGAUAAACCUUUUAGGAUGGUUAGAGUCAACUAGUCAUCGAGAAAACGCAUUAAUCUCUGUUUGUUUUUCCUUUAAAGUUUCUUUCAUUCUCUCUCAAAGUAGUCAGAAUUUUCAAUAACCUUGUAGGUUGGGUACCAUAAAAUUCAAUGUUCUUGCGAUGGGACUUGCAUUGCUAUACGAGAAUUUGCAAAAAUUAUGGCCCUUUUCAGCUCUCAAAUUUGAUGAUUUAAAAGCCUCAGAUGCACUAGUUAGGAAACUUCCAAUUCCAGAACAUACCAAACAAUUCGUGUUUGCUGUCCGUGAUCCAGAAUCACAAUCUGUGAUUUACAUACUCUGUGCUCAGAAUUUAUCGGAGCGGUCUGCGUCAGAUGCAGACCACUUGAUUAGGGCAAUUGGGCCUGAUGCAGUUGUUGCUCAGGUGGGGCAGUCAGUUGUGGCUGAUGUUCAACAUGAAGAGGGCCAAUUGGAGAAUGGUAUCAAUGACCCAGUCCCUACAUCAUCUUUUGCAGUAAUUAAGCGGUGUUUUAUUGAUAAGAUUAAUAAGGAGAAAUAUGAGAAUGUGGCUGGCAGCUUGGUUUUGCGAGAGGUUUUUGGGAUUGGUUUUCAUGGUCAUUUCUUGGCUGCCAAACGGGCAGCAGAGGAAGUAGGUUCAUCAUUCUUAUUGGUUGAAUCUCCAAUUGUGGGGUCUCUGAGUAACGAUAGUGCUUCUCCUGAAUCGGGAAACAAGUUUCAGGGUUUAGCUUUGGGGCAGAGUAGUUUGGUGUCACAGAAAGUGGGUAAUGUUGCUUCAGUGGGUUCAAAGAGAUUCUGUGUUACUGAUGAAGGUGGGUCACGUAUGGUGAAAUUAUUGUCGUCGUAUUUGGAUUCAUCUGUGUUGAAAUUAACGAGUUCAAGUUCUGUUUCGGAUGUGGGAUUAGGAGAUUUUGUGCCAAGAUGCGAUUAUGAGGCUCCACCAUUUGCGCAGUCUGUUUACCCCUUACUUGAGGAUUUGCAUAAUAUUUUUUCUGAUCUCCCUUCUAUUGGAAGGGCUCUAGCUCAAGCACAGAAGAUGCUUUCUGAUGUGAACAGAGGGGAAAUUGUGGAUACCAAGCUCUUAUCUGAAAUUUACACCUUUCGGAUUGCAGUUGAGGGGCUGAGAAUUGCUUUAAAUAAUGCUGCUCGGCUCCCCAUUAACAAAUUGAGCAGUACAAACUUGGAUGAAAUUGAGUUUUCGGAUCUUCCGGUUGAGGAUAAGUCACAUGCUCUAUUUGCGCAAGCCCUUCGGAGUCAGACCAAGAAAUUCAAAACAAUCGUAGCAGUAGUGGAUGCUAGUGGCUUAUCAGGUCUUAGGAAACACUGGAACACUCCUGUUCCUCUGGAGGUCAAGGAUUUGGUAGGACAGCUUGUAACAAGUUGUGAGGGUGAUGAGGACACCUCAAACCACACUGACAGAAGACGGUUAUUAACUGAUAAACCAGUGGUGGCAGUUGGGGCUGGAGCAACAGCGGUUUUAGGAGCUUCAUCUUUUUCAAAAGUUCUUCCUGUAUCUACUUUUAUGAAAGCUGUUUCCUUCAAAGUUCCUGCUUCAUUUAAGCUCAUCCUGACCCAAACCCAGAAGGCAGUUGCAAUUGGCCUUGGUAAAACUGUUGGUCCAACAAAAGUGGUAGUGCCUGGUAUUGCUAGCUCUGGAACUAAAACAACUUCUGUCUUGAAAGCAGCUGCUUCUGCCGAGAAAAUUCGGGCAGUGGCCCACAGUAUGAUAGCCUCUGCUGAAAAGACCAGCUUUUCAGCAAUGAGAACAUCAUUCUAUGAAAUAAUGAGAAAGCGGAACAUCAGGGCAGUUGGCUUCUUGCCAUGGGCUACUUUUGGGUGUAGUAUUGCAACUUGCUCAGGGCUGCUUAUGUAUGGAGAUGGAAUUGAGUGUGCAGUUGAGUCAGUCCCUGCAGCUCCUUCAAUUGCUAGUUUGGGUCGUGGUAUCCGAAGCUUACACCAAGCAUCUCAGGCAGUGAUGCAAACUGACAGCAAUAAGAUACAGAAAUCUAUAGAAUCCCUAAUGUACAGGUUGAAGAAAGUAAAGGUUCAAUAAAAUAAGAAUUUCAAAUUUCCCUUCGGUGUAUAUUCAUUAAUGCCUUUCAUAAAGUGAUGUUGUUUGAAUUA